AUGGAUUUAUAUAAUUUUUAGCACUUUAUUUUAGAAUUAGAUUUCAAUCAAAUUUUAGAAUCAUCAAAGCUAAACCAAAUAGAAGUACCAGGAGAAGAAUAAAUUAAUUCAGAUUAAUUAUGCAAAGUACCAAUAUAAUUUAGUGAUGAUAAUGAAUAUUAAAAGAUUUGGAAACCUCUUUUUUAUGAGGAAGUUAAAGCUAAUAUUGUAAAAUCAUUUCAAACAGAAGUAUUAUCUAUAAUUAGAUAUUAUUAGACUUAUCCAGAUGUAGAAUAUAAGUUAGUAAAACAUGAAAAAGAUGAAUUUAUCAAAUUAGAUUUUUAAUUAAUUGGAUAGAAGGAUCAAUUAAAUUACAGAGAUUUAAUAGUUAUUUCAGGAAAUCCUUAUAAAAAAGGAGAGACUUGUAUAUUAGGUCUAAUUGAAAAUAACUAAGAUAAUAUUAUUAGAGUAAAUGUAUAAACAAAUGAAAAUCCAAUUGAUUCACUUUUUAAAGAAAACUCAGUAAUAAAUCAAUAAAAUCCACAAUAAAAAUAAUUAAAGAAUUUUUAUAUAAGAAAAGUGACUGGUUUAUCAACAUUAGAAAGAGAAUAUAAGGCUCUUCAAAAAUUUGGUGAUUUAAUGCUUAAGAAAAUCCUUCUAACAUUAGAAUCAUAACCAAAAGUGAAUUCUUAUUUCACAAUUCCAUAUAAAUUAGAUUAAAAAUUACACUCUAUAUAUAAUUCAAGUCAAUACGAGGCAAUAUAGCAAACAUUAAAAACACAUGGAAUUACUUUAAUAUAAGGGCCACCAGGUACAGGUAAGACAAAGACAGUACUUGGUACUUUAAGUGUAUUAUUAUAAUCAAAAUAAGAAAAACCUUAAUUAAAUUUAAUAUAAAAAACUAGUAUUGAAAUAGAGUAAGAAUUUAAUUAAGAAUAUCCUUAACCUUGGAAAUCUUCAGAUUAUGAUGAUUGGAGAGAUCAUAUAUUUGAUGAUGUAGAAUAAGAUAUAUCAAAUUAUUUUUCAAAUAGAUUAACAGAUUUUCGUAAAGAAAAACCUAUUCCAAUAUAUAGAAGUGAUUAUUCUUAAACAAAAAUACCUAAUAAGAUUUUAGUUUGUGGUCCAUCAAAUGCAUCCGUAGAUGAAAUAAUAAGGAAAAUAUUAGAUGAAGGUUUAUUAGAUGAAAAUGGUUAAAGAUCUGAUGUACCAAUAGUUAGAAUUGGUGAAAAUUUUGAUCCUACUUUAUAGAAGGUUUCUUUAGAAAGUUUAGUCUAAUAAAAGGAAUUUGAAAUGUAAAAUCAAGAUAAAGAUAAAAUAAAAAAAGAAAUAUUAAAUUAAGCUAAGAUAAUUUUUGGAACUCUCUCUUCAAGUGGUUCAAAUGUCUUAAAUUAAUCUGAAUUGAAAUUUGAUACAGUUAUAAUAGAUGAAGCAGCUUAAGCUGUAGAAAUUUCUACAUUGAUUCCUUUGUAAUAUGGUUGCAGAAGAUUAAUUUUAAUUGGUGAUCCAAAUUAAUUACCUGCUACUAUUUUUAGUUCUGUUUGUGGAAAAUACAAAUAUGAUUAAAGUUUAUUUGAAAGAUUAUAAAAAUAAGGAGCUAAUGUUCAUUUAUUAAAAGUAUAAUUAUAAAUUAAUUUUAGACUUAAUAUCGUAUGCAUUCAAAAAUAUCUAAAUUCAUUUCAACAACAUUUUAUAAUAGUGAAUUAAAUGAUUAUGAAUAUUUAGACAGAUUGAUAGGAACUCCUAAAUUUUAUGAUUAUUACACUUAUAGUCCAGUUGUUGUUUUACAUGUUAAAGGUUAUGAAAAUUUUACGAGAAAUUCUUAUUGCAAUGAAAUUGAAGCUAAAGUUGUUACAGAAAUAUAUAAAGAUAUGAAAAAUAAAUUUCCUAAUUUCAACAUGAAUAAUUUAGGAAUUGUAAGUCCAUAUAGUCAAUAAGUUUGGCUUAUUUCUAAAUAAUUAAAAAAAUUAAGUGAAGAAAAUGUUGAAGUUAAAACUGUUGAUGGAUUUUAAGGGAGAGAAAAAGAUGUUAUAAUAUUUUCCAGUGUUAGAUCAAAAUUUAUAAGUGAAAAUCAAAAAAAUCCUAAAAAAGGAGUAGGAUUUCUUAGUGAUGCAAGAAGAAUGAAUGUUAGUUUAUCUAGAUGUAGGUAAACUUUAAUUAUUGUAUGUGAUAUUUAUAAAAUAUCUUGUAAUGAAAGAUGGAGAAACUUAAUCAAUUAUAGCAUUAAAUUAGGUUCAUGUUAUAGAGUAGGAACAAAUGAUGUUUCUGAAUGGUUUUAAUCAUUCGAUUAAGACCCUCUUAAAUAUUCUAUUGUCGAUGAAAUAAUUUUUAAAAAAAAGAUUAAAAUUGAGUAAGAGAAACCAUGAAAAUACACCUUUAUUUUAAAC